GUAUCUUAUGAGGAAUUCCUGCGUGUGUUUGGCAUAGAGGAGACAGCGACAGUGAUGCACCAGGUGUUCACUAAACUGGACGCUGACAGCAGCGGCUUCUUGUCCAAGGAGGAGAUCCUGGAGGCGGUGAAGAGCGAGUUUGAGCUGAAGCUGCGGGCGGAGAAGAUCUCAGACCUCCUGUGCUACUACUGCAAGGAUGACGACAAGAAAAUCAGUUACGAAGAAUUUGUUAAGGUGUGGCUUCAGCAGAAAGAAAAAAAGUGAAAUGUUAGUUAGAUGAGAUAGAUAUUGGUAAAAGUAAAUUUUAGCCCCCACACGUCUUCGCGAAUCAUGAUGAUCACAACAUACUAUAUUUGUACAUGUAUGUAUUUCCUUUUCUUGUAAGACCUGUCCCCCCCGGGGUUUUAUGCACCCUGCAUAAUUUAGCAAAAAUUUAAUGUGAUCAUUUUUUGCAUAAUUUCUGUAGCCUAUAUUUUCCUUUAUCAUUCGUUGUUAAAAUUAACAGAAUCGGAUAAUUUCACAUUUUUGGGCUCAGUUUGCAUAAUUUCAGAAUUUUAAAUGUUUUUUUGGCAUAAAACCGCGGGGACAGUAAGACAUAUGUGACAUCUGUGUGACCCCCACGGUGACCCGGGAUGUUGUGCACUAGGUCAAGCAGUUCGCCUGGGGAGAGGGGGGUUCAAAAUUUACUUUUACUAGUGAUAUUUGGGUAACUGCUGUCUAUGCAAGAAUCCAUAGCUCUUUAAUCACUCUAUAUUGUCCAUGUUAUAACAUAUGCAUUUGUUUGUAAUGUAAGCCAAUGCUGCUGGGAGAAACAUGUGGCGGGUAUUAUUUUUCUUUUUAGAAUGUGAAUGUUUUUCAACAAGUAACAUGUCAUACUUUUUAUAUUGCAUAUUUUUCAACACUAUUUCUUCUUUUGUUUUGUUUUAAACUUACAGUCGCGUGUAUUGAAAAUAAAAGACUCAUGUGCAUUAAAAAA